AUGGAUCCGAUCUGGCCGGGCCUCUCCAAUUUCUUCAAGCUGAAAUGCCGCCGAACUCUCAUCCUCCACGGCCCACCAUCCACUCAAGCCGUCACCUGCUGGCGUGACCUGCUAGAAAACGCCGGAGCCACCGAUGAGGGAUUAUACGGCUGGGUGACCGCGGAGAUGAGACAGGCUGGCCUCGAACAUCUCCCACACCUUCUUCCGUUCAACGGCUCGGAGCUGCGGAUCCGCUUCUUUGAACGGAACGGAGGCGUCGAUCUACCAGCCGUCUGGAAUUUUCUAAAGAGCGCCAUCGCAAUGCCCCUCGCCCACGACCAGCGAAUCCACGUCUUCUUCGAGCCCCAGCUACAGCUCGACAUGAUGGGUCCCGAGAUCUUCCCGGGCAUCCCGCUGAACCAGAACUUCGAAGACGACACCCCACUUUAUCAGGCUCCGCCACUCCAACAAUCGACCAGCCAGCUGCUCGACGUUGACUGCCCGGCCAAGGGU